AUGUAUUUUUUUUUAAUUAAGAUUGAAAAUAUAUGUGUAGGGUUUGGGUGUGAUACUGCAGCAGUGGUGAAUAUCCUUGCUCACAGGGAUGCAACACAACGUGCCCUUAUUGCCCAAGAGUACAGAGCUAUCUACUCUGAGGAUCUUCAUAAACGUCUAGCCUCCGAACUUCGUGGUGAUACUGAGAAAGCAGUAUUGCUAUGGAUGUAUGAUCCUGCCAUGCGCGAUGCAACUGUAGUAAGACAGGCUUUGAUCAACGACGCUAAUCUAAAAGUUGCUACUGAAGUCAUUUGUUCUCGUACUUCAGCUCAGAUACAACACUUUAAGCAGAUAUAUCAUGCUAGCUUUCAUGCUUACCUUGAGCAUGAUAUUGAGAAGCAAGCAUCCGGUGAUCUAAAACAUCUGCUGCUUGCCUAUGUUAGCGCAGUGCGUUAUGAAGGCCCGGAGUUCGACAGGGGAGUUGCUGAGCAUGAUGCUAAGACGCUCUAUAAAGCCGGGGAAAAGAAGCUGGGCACAGAUGAGAAGACUUUUGUGCGUAUUUUUUCGGAAAGGAGCCGGGCCCACCUAGUUGCUAUUUCAUCUGCUUAUCACAGUAUGUAUGGGAAAUCACUGGAAAAGGCUAUUAAAAGUGAAACAUCUGGAUACUUUGAGUUUGGGCUUCUGACUAUAUUGCGGUGUGCUGAGAAUCCUGCAAAGUACUUUGCAAAGGUACUGCACAAGGCAAUGAAGGGCAUGGGAACGAAUGACUCGGCCCUGAUUCGGAUAAUAGUGACGCGUGCUGAGAUAGACAUGCAGUACAUUAAAGCAGAGUACCACAGGAAAUACGGCAAGUCGCUUGAUGAUGCUGUUCAUUCCGAGACUUCUGGCCAUUACCGCACAUUUCUCCUCUCUCUCUUAGGGGCCACCCACCACCGUUAGAUUAGUUUAUUAAAAAGAGUAAAUAAAAUAAAGAUGAAAAGAAUCCUUCUUUUCUUGAUUUAGUUGUUUGUGAGUCUGAUGAACUGCUGCUUUGCAAAGUAACUCUGUGGGAGAGAGCGAGAGCAGUCUAGUUGUUUUCUAUUAUAUAUGUUUUGUGUGAAGUGUGUAGCGUGGGCAGUGUAGUAGAUUGAACGCACAUAAUUAUGGCUUGCUUGUUAUUUAAAUUAAGAAUAAAACUAAUUAGUAUGGUUUGCUAUGUCUUGCUCAUUGUUAAUAUUUGUAGUUGUAAUACUUGUAAUGUAAGAUUGACCUAAUGUAACAAACUUUUUA